AUGCAAAUUUCAAAUCUGUCUUCUUCUUGUUCUCCUCGCUCUUUCUUCUUCUUCAUCUUCUGCUUCCUCCUUCUUCCUCUGUUGCUCUUGUUGUUCCUGCUGGCUGCUCCUUCUUCUUCUUCUUCUUCGCACGGAGGAGAUCACCUUGAAGCUGAGAAAGUGACGAUGUCUGUCUACUAUGAGACUCUGUGUCCGUAUUGUGCAGAAUUCAUAGUGAAUCAUGUUGUGACCAUCUUCCAAACGGGUCUCAUCUCCAUUGUUAAUCUCAGAAUGAUCCCCUGGGGCAAUGCCGUCAUCAAACCCGAUGCUUCCUUUGUCUGUCAGCAUGGAGAGGAGGAAUGCUUACUCAACACAGUCGAGGCCUGCACUAUCAAGAUCUAUCCUGAUGUGAUGAAGCAUUUCAGAUUCAUACACUGCGUGGAGAGGGUAACGCUAGAGAAGAUGCAAAACCAAUGGGUGAACUGCUUCCAAAUGAGUGGCUUGGACUCCUCUCCCCUUGACUGCUAUUCUAAUGGCACCGGCAGAUUGAUUGAGCAAAUGUACGCCAACCAAACAGCUCAGCUUAAUCCACCCAUCAGAUUUGUUCCCUGGGUGGUUGUGGACAACCACUCACUUCAAGAGGACUAUCCAAAUUUUGUCAAGUAUAUCUGCGAUGCUUUCAAGGGAAAUCCUAAACCAGAUGCUUGUCUCUCACUCUCAGUCCCCACUACUGAUCCUAACCAUUACACCAAUUCCUUUCUUCCAGUUUGCCAUGCUUCUUACCCUCAAAAUCUUACCGUUCCAUUAUCCACGGCAUUAGGGACACAUUCCCCCUAA